AUGAAGAACCUUGGUGAAAGAGCCGAUGAAUUUGGAUGGUCGACUUGUGGAGGCAUCCUACAUGUUCCAAAAGCUGAUGGAACCAUGGUCAACCUUUUGACUGAGUAUGGAUCUAUUACCCUUGAAGAGAUUGAAAUUCAUGAACGCAGCUACUGGAACAAUGGAUACAGGAAGUCCCAAGAUGACCGGAUGCUCUACGAAUGCAUCAUGAAAUCACUUUCUACUCUUGGAAAAGCGAAGGUCAACAUUCACAGUUCUGACUACAAGCUCAUGUCUGGACGAUACAAUCGCUAUCCAUCUGGGCUCUGCUUGCUGAAGGUGGUAGUUCGGGAGUCCUAUUUGGAUUCAAAUGCAAUGACUGGUAUGCUAUGUCAACGACUUGCCACUCUGGAUCUCUACCUGCCAACGGUCAACAACGAUAUCAUCAAGUUCAACAUGCACGUUAAGAUGCUACUCAAAGGAUUGCAGGCGCGUGGAGAGCAAACAUUGGAUCUGUUGACGAACCUCUUUUGA